GUGAAAUGUCAUUGUGUCACUCCGCUGUCUCUAGAGGGCAGCACUGUCCUGGAGUCGGUAUUGACUCUGCCUCAAAUCAAAAUUGAAGAAGAAGCAAAGGGCGGCCUUCAGCGAUACAGCACAUCUAGCCAAGUUAUUUUAGCUAAAACAAGAAAUCCCUUUUCCUCCUUUAAGAUAACCGACGUAAGGGUUGUUUGGAAUUAAGAUCCAUUCAUGUGCCGAUAGAGGAGUGGAUAUUAAAACAAACAUGUCCGGAGGGUGUCAGGACAGAAUGACUCGCUGGCAGGAGAUUCAGAAAGGCCUGCAGUUCAUUCAAUCAACCCUUCCAUUUCCUGGAAGUCAAGACCAGUAUGAGGUGUUCAUAAAGGAGCUUGUGUGGAAUCUUUUUGGGGAAGGAAACGACGUGUUUAGAGAAGGGGAUUGGACAAAAUCCAUCGAGAUGUACACCGAAGCCUUGAGUAUAGCAGAGUAUGCGGACUCGGAAGAUAUCUGUGUUCCAGCGAGUUUACUGGAAAAGCUGUAUGCAAAUCGAGCGGCGGCGUACCUAAACAUUGUUCCGAGACUGUAUGACCAGGCGUUAGAAGACUGUGAAAAGGCGCUCCAGUUGAACGAGGGGAACUACAGAGCGCUGUACAGAAAAGCAAAAUCCCUGAAAGAGAUGGGGAGACAUCAAGAGGCCUAUGAGGCUGUUGCCAAAUGCUCUCUCACAGUGCCUCAGGAUGCCAGUGUCACAAACCUGACUCAGGACCUUGCCAAAAUUUUGGGAUUGAAAAUCCGUAAAGCUUAUGUAAGAAGUAAGCCUGCCUUGAAUGUUUUGCGAGGAUCAAAUGAUCAAGAUGCAUCAGGUGAAAAGUUUUCCCAUGACUCGUCUUCAGUUGAAGAUAUAGAAAUUGAAGUGCCUCAGCUAACCCAGGACAGCAGUGUUCUGGCACCGGUUCCAGCUCCUAUCCAAGCUCCGGUGGAAAUGCAACCGUCUCUAAAUGAAUCCGCAAUGGAUGAACUCUCUCCAAUCACCAGUAUCUCGUCUGUAACCCUGUCUGAGCCGCCGGGCUUCGAGUCCAUUUCCCUACCUGUGUCCGUCUCCCUUCCUGUGUCUGUUUCAUCGUCGGCCCCUCUUCCCACGUACGUUAACGGUUGCCGAACGAGUAAACCUUGCACAAUGCUCGACACGAGUCAAGAUUUUGACGCAGACAUCAUCGGGGACGACCUAGAUGAUCUACUGGACCAAGCUGGCCCGGAAUCAGUCAUGAUUAUCCCCACUAUGAAGGGGCCUAUUCCUCUGCCAACCAGUAUCGCCUCGGGCCACUCCAUGUCCAGCCCAUUCCUGAUGCCGUCUCACAUCAACCCCUUCCUCCACAGCAGCGUGCAGCAGUGCACUGUCACUCUGCCCCCCCUCUAUCACAAGUCGGGGACAAGCGCGUAUUUUGGUAUGGACACUUUUGACGCCCUCCCCCCACCGCUUGACUCCCUGGAUAGUCUCAACAUAACGGACUAUAAGACAGAUUAUGCUCAGAGUCCAUUCAUGCAACAGAUGAACAAUAUUGAAUCCCCAAUGGGAAUGGCAGUCGGUAUGCCUGAAGUGAAGGGUCUUCCUGUUGCUAUGGAUUUAACAAAGAACCCCUUAGCUGACACACAUGAAUUCAAACAAGCGUGCUCCAUCUGCUACGUCAAAACCGGACCUCGUGUAUUGGAUUACUCGCUACACACAGAAGAGCACAAAUGCAAAAAGGACGCUUUACUUGGCAGAAUCAAACAUUCAGUGGACAAAACGUGGAAGCUCAUUCGGCCCAGACCGACAAAAACACAAUACGUUGGGCCCUAUUACAUUUGCAAAGAGGUGGCGGUUGGAAAGGAGUGCCUGUACCCUGGCCACUGCACAUUUGCCUACUGCCAGGAAGAGAUUGAUGUAUGGACUCUGGAGCGGAAAGGGUUUAUCUCCAGAGAGCAUCUCUUCGAUCCCUACGGGCCGAACUCCAACGUCAGGCUGACGGUCCCCAAGAUCUUACAGGAGCAUCAUGGGAUAUUCAUGUUUCUCUGUGGAGUUUGCUUUGACCACAAACCCAGAAUAAUCAGCAAAACCAACAAAGAUGACUCGUCGCUUUGCUCUCAUCCAGUGACGAAGCACAUCUUCGAAGAUCAUAAGUGCCUGGUCCACAUUUUGAAGGAGAAUACAGUUCGUUAUUCAAAGAUCAGACCGCUGAAUCCUCAGUGCCAGCUGGAUCUCUGUCGCCAUGAAGUACGCUAUGGCUGCGUGAGGGAGGACGAAUGCUUCUACGCCCACAGCCUCAUCGAGCUCAAGGUCUGGAUGAUGCAGCACGAGCUCGGUAUCACUCAUGAAAGUAUUGUCCAAGAAGCGAAGAAGUUUUGGAAUAUGACCGCUUCGUUGCAGGGAGCCCAGCUCUCCCUCCCACAGAGGAGAUUCGGUCCUCCCAACCUGAAGAUGAUGUUUGUUUGUGGCCAGUGCUGGAGAAACGGACAGCUAAGCGAAGCCGACAAAAACAAGAAGUAUUGCUCAGCCAAGGCCAGACACACGUGGGCGAAAGACAGGCGGGUGGUGCUUGUAAGUUCAAAUGAGAGGAAAAAGUGGACAACAGUUAGACCGCUUCCAACCAAAAAACCCAUCCCAUCUCAAUUUGAGAUUUGCAUGCAUGUGACAGCUGGCAAGAAGUGUCAGUACAUCGGGAAUUGCACGUUUGCUCACAGUCUAGAAGAGAGAGACCUUUGGACCUACAUGAAAGAAAACAACAUUCCAGAUAUGGAGCAGCUUUAUGAGCAGUGGCUGCAGUCUCAGAAGCCCGGCUGGGGGGACGAUACCUCCAAUAACUCUGUGCGGGAGAACGGCAAACAGAUCCACAUGCCAACAGACUACGCUGAGGAAGUGGCUGGCAAUCACUGCUGGCUGUGUGGUAAGAACUGCAACAGUGAGAAGCAGUGGCAGCAGCAUAUCACUUCAGAAAAACACAAAGACCGGGUUUUCAACUCUGAGGAUGAUCAGAACUGCUGGCAGUAUCGCUUCCCCACCGGCACUUUCAAAGUUUGUGAGAGGUUCCUCAAAGGCACGUGCACAGAGGACGAGCUGUGUAAGCUGGCGCACGGGGAGCAGGAACUAAAAGAGUGGAUGGAGCGCCGAGAAUUCCUUUUGAUGAAACUUGCCAAAGCCAGAAAAGACCAUCUUAUAGCACCCGAUGACAAUGACUUUGGAAAAUACAGUUUUCUGCUUAAAGACAUUAUUUAAUGGUGUGAUGAAAAUAUCCAAGCUACGUUGCAGUUAAUGCAGUAUUCAAACAGUCUGAGUCAGGUGAUCCUACAGGGCCUCUGAGGCGCACAGGAAGCAGCCUGAUCGCAGCAUGAUUUUAAAGGAGGGCGUUCAGGACCGGCCUUCAGAUUGGUGGCUGGUUCUCUCUGAUCUGAGCUACUCAAGUGUUAUCAUUAACAGCAACUGAGUGGGAGAGCUUCGCUAUGCCUCAUUCAGUAGAAUAUGGAAUACUUAAAUUGAGAGUACGGCUGACAUUCUAUUUUAAUCCAUCAGCAUAGGUCAUUUUCACUUUCCAUUUAACAAAUAGUGUUACCAGUGUAAUGGGAACCACAUUGAAUAAAGCUUUUUUAAACCUGUUUAA